AUGGGGAAUAGCACAUCUUGUGCUCCUACAAUUAUCUCAGGUGGAGCAGUAAAGGUCUUGUUCAGUGAUGGGAGACUGGAGGUGUACACAAGACCUAUCAAGGCAGCUGAGCUGAUGCUAGAGAACCCAAGGCAAUUCGUGUGCAACUCUAACGAUCUCAAGGUGGGUCACAGGAUUCUAGGCCUCGCAGCCGAUGAAGAACUGGAAAAGCGACAGCUCUACUUCAUUCUUCCCAUGGAUUUGCUCUACUCGGUGCUUACUAAUGAGGAGUUAUUAUCUAUCUCAUACAAAGCUUCCAGAGCAGUGAAGCAUGGAAGCUCCAACAACAUUGGAAGGAUAUUUCCUGUUUUGGGUGACUUUUGUAUCUUCCCUUCAGAAGUCAAGACAUUAGAGUCACCAGAGAGAAAGCCACAGCCCACAAAAAGAUACUCCAGAGAGAGAUCAUGGAAGCCUGCGUUGGAUACCAUACUCGAAACUCCAAUUUGGGUCUGA